UGGGCAGAAUCUUAUCUGAAGCCAUGUCCUGUUUGGACAAGUUGGACUUGCCUUGGCAACUCUCCAUAGGGUGGAGCAGAUGGGUGGAGGCAGGAAAGUAAAAAUUGGGUGGCUUGUUAGCUGAGAGAGGAGAGAGGGCGGAUUGUUUGCUCACUGGAUCAUUAUAUUUAAUCUGAAACUAAAUAAUUAACUUCUUUCCCAUUUACAAAACAUUUUGAUGCAAAAUAUCUAAUUUAUGAGGGGCAAAUAUUUAGAAAUACUCCAUGGAAUCUUUUUCCUUUUCAAACCAACUAGAGAAGACUGAGGCCAAACACCCGAGCACCCUAGCAAGCUUAACUAAAAGAAUGCUCAUGUUUGAUCCAGUCCCUGUCAAGCAAGAGGCCAUGGACCCUGUCUCGGUGUCAUAUCCAUCUACUUACAUGGAAUCGAUAAAGCCCAACAAGUAUGGAGUCAUCUACUCCACUCCAUUACCUGAGAAGUUCUUCCAGACCCCAGAAGGCCUGUCACCCGGGAUGCAAAUGGAGCCAGUGGACCUCACCGUGAACAAGAGGAGUUCGCCGCCCUCUGCUGGGAAUUCUCCUUCCUCUCUGAAGUUUCAGUCAUCCCACCGGAGAGCCUCGCCUGGGUUGGGCAUGCCGUCUUCCAGCCCGCCGAUGAAAAAGUACUCACCCCCGCCCCCAGGAGUGCAGCCUUUCAGCAUGCCCCUGUCCAUGCCGCCGGUGAUGGCCGCCGCCCUCUCCCGACACGGAAUUCGGAGCCCAGGGAUAUUGCCGGUCAUACAGCCAGUUGUGGUGCAGCCUGUCCCCUUCAUGUACACCAGCCACCUCCAGCAGCCGCUCAUGGUGUCCUUGUCCGAGGAGAUGGAGAACUCAAAUAGUAGCAUGCAAGUACCUGUAAUUGAAUCGUACGAGAAGCCAAUAUUACAGAAGAAAAUUAAAAUAGAACCUGGGAUCGAACCACAGAGGACGGAUUAUUACCCUGAAGAAAUGUCACCCCCUGUAAUGAACUCAGUGUCCCCCCCUCAAGCAUUGUUGCAAGAGAAUCACCCUUCAGUCAUAGUACAGCCCGGGAAGAGACCUUUACCUGUGGAAUCUCCAGACACUCAAAGGAAGCGGAGGAUACACAGAUGUGAUUACGACGGAUGCAACAAAGUGUACACUAAAAGCUCUCACUUGAAAGCACACAGAAGAACACAUACAGGAGAAAAACCCUACAAAUGUACAUGGGAAGGAUGCACAUGGAAGUUUGCUCGGUCUGAUGAACUAACAAGACAUUUCCGAAAACAUACUGGAAUCAAACCUUUCCAGUGUCCGGACUGUGACCGCAGCUUCUCCCGUUCUGACCACCUUGCCCUGCAUAGGAAACGCCACAUGUUAGUUUGAAUGCCUCCGUCUCCCGCCUCGCGCGGCUCCCCACUCGCCUGGUUCUCUCUCUCUCUGUCCUCCCAUUAUCUAACUCAUUUUUUACAUGUACAUUUUAAUUUUGAUUCAGCUGGUCUGAAUCUCGGAAUUUAUAUCAUUCAAACUUCCAUAUGGUCAGUAGUAAAUAUUCUCUAAUCCUCCCUCGCCUUACCACGGGUCAGACCUAAAGAAUGUGAACACUUUUUUUUUUUUUUCCGGGGAUGCUAAGCAAACCCUUCUUACAGAUACGUUUAAUGUAAAGAGAACAAGGGAACAUAUAAACUAUAACAUAACCAAUUGUCGGUUUCUCCAUGUAUUCCUCAAAAGAACAUCGAAGUAAAUGUAUUAGAAAUACAGUAUCAAGCCUGCUAGUCCUUGCCAGAGACAUUCAUAACAUACCUCUGUGCCCUGUGACCGCAUUCUGUGCUGGACAGCAAAAAGAAGGGUGACCCGGUUCCCAGGUUAGCGAGAAGGCAGCAAGAUUUCAAGCUAGUAGAGUCAGCUCUUCCAUUGUCCUUCACCAAUCUUGCCAGUCAACGUGGCUUUAUCACUUCAUCGAAAUUAAGUCCUUUACCCUCCUUUGUGCCUGCAGCUGAUAAGGAGGUCUUUGUCACCAUGGGAAGAUGAGCCAGAGCCGCUGAUGUAGGUGGGCGAUGUCUGUCAGUUCAAGGGAAGGAUGCUGUAUUUGCAUUGCAUGGAGUUGGAGCCAAGGGGCGUUGAGCAGGGCAGCAGGGGAGGAAGCCGGCCAUUCUUCCUAGGCUAGGGGGUUUUCAGUGGGAUUUCAUCGCUUGGUUAUCUGCAGUGCGUUCCCAGAGCUUGUCACUGUGCAUAUUCAGCUGUGCAGAACCGUACGGCAAAGCCAGAUACUGAUGGGGUUACCCAUGCACCUUUCUCCAUUCCUACAAUGUGCUUAAUAGGGGUGAUAAGUAUUGAUCGGAGGGAUGUCACAAAAGACAUUUGUCCAGUAAUGGUAAAAAAAUCUUUUGGGUAAGGGUCUGAAUGGCCUUCUUUUACCUAACUUACAGCUUUUUUUUUUUUUUUGCAAACGGAAACAUUGAGUGAUAAUUAUAUUUCUGUAUCAAAUUUAUCCUAUAGCUUUCAUACAGAAACUCCUCUGUGUGAGCGAUAAAGUGCCAAAUUGGCUGUCAUUGGUGUUCAUGACCUAUAUCCUAAAGAAGCAUAUGCUAAUGCUUUAGUAGAUUCAUUCAUUAAGACUUGAGUGACACUAUUUGUAAAUAUAAAUAGUUGUGAAGCACACGUACCUUUAUUUGGGGGACAGAUUUUUUAAAAAUAGAGAAAACCACAGUUCAGGGAUUCACAUAUGUAGCUCAAAAAUUCCCAAAUGUGUACUGUUGGAGCUGGCAGUCUUUUUUCACUAUCAAGUAUCCUGUCAGAAAACAAACAGAAAAUGACUUGUGUUUAUGUUGAAGAUAAAUAGCAUCAUUAUUUGGGGGAAGUUUUUCAAAAGCAGGCUUUUGAGCAUCAUAGUCUAAAUGCCAAUAAAAAUAAUCCAUGCAUAGAAAUGUCAUUGGUCCUAAAUUUGAAGGAAGUGGGUGACAGUGGUCAAAUGUGGGCGCAUAUAACCAAAUACACCUUCAUAAAGGAUGGAGAAGAGAGAAGACUGGAAUCCUGAAGAUUCGUCCCAGCCACAACUCGGGAUCCUACACAACGUUAACUGGGAGGAAUACACUGUUUCAUUGUUUUUAGAACAUCAGUGAAUAAGUGAUUCUGGAGGCCUGAGAAUUGCGUGGGGAGCUUAUUUUGGCGCUAUGUUAAUAAACGUUAGUUGUAAGGACUACGCAUCUAAAGAGAUUCCACCCAUCAGCUCUCUGACAGACGGAAAGGAACAUAGUUGAGAAAUGCAAAAUAAUUUGUUAUCUUGGCACUUGGUUUUUACUUUCUUAAGCACUGCAAAAUUUGUUUAGAAUAUUAAAACAUCCCAAUUGGGCUUUAUUCUUUUCUUUUUGUUUGCAACUAAGAUGAAUUAAGGGAUAAAAAUGGCUCUUGGAAAAGUAAGUAUUGUCUGUGUUAUAAAUGCCUAGUCACGUUCAUGCCAAAGUGUUUAUUUCUUGAAAUGGUUCUUCCACAACACACCGAAGAAUUAAGCUUGAAUGCGAGGACGUGUUUUGUUUUAUUGGAGAUAACUGGUUUAUGUGUGAUCCAACCCAUAAAAGGUGGGAAGGGGGCAAGAAAGGGUAGAAUUGAUCUUUGAAUCAUUAGCUUUGCAUCAGACUCCAGUUAAUAGAAAGCUUCAUGGGUUCUCAUGAAGUUUAACAGUCACUAUGGCAUAUUAAGAUUUUGUUCAAAAGUGCAAGUGAGACCCUGCUGAGACUUACUACAUUACUAUUUAGCCUGCCUAGAUUAUUUUAACAGUUCAUUAACAAAAAUCCAUUUGAACGCUGAAAGAAAAGCAACCCAGAGAAGCCAUUCUGUUCCCAUGCUGGUCUAUAUACUUUAUCAAUUGGCUCUUUACAAAUUUUCCUUUUUUAUAUAUUUGUAUCUUAACUAUGAUAGUUGAGAAAUUUAGUCUUAGUCAUUUUUAGCUGUUAUUGUGGGAGGCCUCAAAUACAAGAUAAAAUGCCCUUGAGUGUGUGGUUUUAACGGUGUGCCCUGUUACUAUCAAUGGUAAAUUGAUGAGAAUGAUUUGUAAACAUGGAGUUAGUGUUGUAUAAAUUGUCAUAGAAUUUCUUCAGUUAUUAUCCAAGUGUCAUCUUGGGGAAGAAGUCAGAAAAGUUAGAUCGGAAUCCAUCAUAUUUUAAGAGUUUUACAAUGUGAAUCUACAUCGUAAAUGGGCAUUAACAUUCUGAGUCGCCUGGUUUGGAGAAUGUGUUAGUAGCAUAGGUAUGUUCCAAAAAGGAAAUGCUAAAUAAUGCAGAAGUUUCAAGAGCCUUGGAACAGAUUUACAGGGGAACUAUAUAUGUAUAUGUAUAUGUAUACUUUAUAAAACACCCAUCUGCACUAUCAGUGUUGCACUAAUGUGGAAUUUGAAAGACUAUAUUGCUGAUACUGUAUAUCUGCACAUCAUUCCUGGUUAGAUUGUUUUAAAGACAAUCUCAAAGAUCGGAAGUUUUAAAGUAUUUCAAUUGGCUUGAAAAUAUACAGUCAUCUUGAAAGAAUUGCUGUCAUCCAUGAAGUUGCUCAGAGUUGUCUUUAUUCUCUUCCUGGUCGAGGUUAACAAUUUCUAAAUGAUUACAAAUUGACUUAAAAAAUAAUACAUUUACAAAGCCAUUUUCCAUGCAUUAAACGAGGGCUACAACGUUUUACAAAUACUAGCACUUUUUUUGUUUGCUGUUAUGUACUUAGUGUUAGAGGGUCAAAAUAAUCUUUCUGCUUAGCAUCUCUUAAACCAUACCUGCAGGUAUAGCAGGAUUAUUACAUUUACAGUACUUUAAUACUUGUAUAAACUAUGCAGAAAUUUUUAAUAAAGUGUAAUAUAUUUUAUAAGCUAAUAAGACUGGGUAAAGGUUUUUAGCAUGCAUUAGUAUACUUGCAAAUACUGAAACAUUUUGGUAAUCUUUCUUACUAAAGAUGUGAAUGUUUAAUGUACCCUCUCUGUUUCUAUUCUGUAGUCCAAUGGGAAUUCAGUAAUGACAUUUUGUCAUGUCAAACUGUGAACAUAAAUUUGUACUGUACAGUCCUCAUAUACUAUAUACAGUAUGCAAUAUAUGUAUUAUAUACUUGUUAAUAAAACCAUCAGAAUAUUAA